AGCGGCGGGGUCAGAGCAGAGACACACUCCCAGCAGGGAUCCCAAGGCCCCCCAGCUUUGAAUUUCCAAACAGACGUCGUCAUGAUGGAGAUGGAGCAGACGACUGGAAGUUGUCCUGCCCCGGGCCAAGCUGCUGUCAGGACCUGGAUCCCCUCCAGCACAAGAGGAGCCACCAGGACACCCAGCGACACCACCACCCGUUUUCACGGAGAUGGCGUUCGGUACAAAGCCAAGCUCAUCGGCGUGGACCCGGUGCCCGACGCCCAGGGGGACAAGAUGUGUUGGGACUCCAUGAUGAAACUAAAGGGAUUUGAGGCAGCAGCAAGGAGGCAGGGGAAACACAAGCAGAGAGUUUGGCUGAAGGUUUCCUCCGCUGGCCUGAAAAUCCUGGAUGAGAGGACUGGGGCUGUGCUUCAUGACCACGAGAGGAGCAGGAUCAGCUCUUUGACAAAAGACGAGUCAGACCCCAGAGCUCUGGCCUACAUCUACCAACACGAAGACACUUACAGCCUCUUCUACAUCAAGACGGCGAACCUGGCAGAUCCAGUCCUCGCUGACAUCAAGGAGGUUUGUCAGAGUGUGGACCAAGAGUCACCACAGGAAUCUGCAGAGGCACCUGCUCAAAUCAGCUCUUUACUGGUUCUAAAUGAGAGUUCAGCUCCUCCACCUGAGAGACCAGCUUUAGAGGAUGUCUUCAGUCCACGGCCAGACUCUUCACCGGGACUGAACCAGGUCUCCUCCACUAAUGAGCUGAUGGAGGUUUUCUCUGUCCAGUCGGAAGCGCCGCUGACACCCACCCAGAGCCCAUGUAUCAGUCAGCUAGAGUCUCCACAGCCCACGCUCUCCCCCUCUCAGAUCCUCUCCAUGUUCCCCACACAGCCACUAGGGGGCUCUCCAUACUCCUCUCCCCCAUACUCUCCCACUGCCGCCAUGCCCUGGGGCCAGAGCAGCCCUCUGGGAAACCAGUGGGGACGUCCAGCUGUGGCGCCGUGGCCAACCAUGCACCACGGCGGCAUGGCAGCGUGGGCACCGUCAGGCAUCACAGCGCCCCCUGCAGGCGGCCGCACUGAGGCUCACGGCGUCGUGACCUCUCAGCCAGGGGUCAUGUGGGGAGGAAACACACCCACUUCACCCACCACCAUCAAUGGGUACCCCACCCCUUUAAACUCUGUCCAUGCCCCGAGUGGGACAACAGGAGUUCAGCAGUCAGCGCCACCUAGUUUGAACAAUGAUCUCCUCCUGUGAUGAUUCCACAACAACAACUUUAUUCAAACAAUAAAUGACAACAUUUCAAAAACUUUAGCUCCUGUAAUGACAAUAAUAAUAAUAAUUAACACAGCUUGAUGACUUUUGGAGUAAUCUUGUGUUAUAGUGCGUUGUGAAUCUCUCUUGAGUCCAGUGAGAAUUUAACUGCUAUUUUGUUUUUAACUUGUUUGUAAUUUCUGUGUUUGGCCACUGGCUGGAAGGAGUGGAUUAACUUUUAGAGACAAGACUGUCUAUAUAAAUUAGUAUUAGGAGCUGGUAUUAUUUAUUUAACCACUGCCACCAACAUAUACAGUAAACCACUGCUCCUCAAGAACAAAUUUCCUUUUACUGCAUGAAUCUGGGCGUUCACUUCUUAUUUAACUUGUGUAAAUAAUCAAAUAUCUGUGUUGUUAUUCAAGACAAAUGGAAGAUUAAAUCAAUUAAACACAGACAGUCAGAGUUACAGUAUCUGGUGUCCUGACAUUAACUAUCUGUUUAAACUGGAAAAUACAAUGUUUUCAUCCAAAACAGAAAAGUUUCACUGCUGCUGUUUCUCAUUAAAUGUGUUAAUAAUAAUCUUAUUUCAGUUC